CGAGACUCCGCUUUCGCGCCCUCUACGAACUUUGACGUUCUAACCCGCAUUUAAUCCCCGUACCACUGCAUCUCUUCUCCUGCUACCUUGGGAUACGGUCAAUGUCUGCAGGCAGUCAUUUGGUCCAGUCUUGGUGAUUUCCGCACUUCGCAAUGACAGAGAAAUCCGCCUCAGGAUCGGGCACAAUGUCCGACAAGAAUGCUGCGGCUGCCAAGUCCAAGGAUGCAGGCAAGGAUAUGCGGGCAAAGGACUCGCCCGCGACAUCUGCAGUUAAGUCUGAAGCCUCUGGCGCAGGAAGUCACUCCAGCCCAAAGAAGCGCCGCAAGGUGAAUCACGCCUGUGUCUAUUGUCGACGUUCGCAUAUGACCUGCGAUUCGGAACGGCCCUGCACUCGAUGUAUAAAACGCAAUAUUGGCCAUCUGUGCCAUGACGAACCCCGUGAACCUACAAAACGGAGAGAUCAAGAACAUUCAGCUGCGGACGAGGAGGGCUCGUCCAACAAUGAGAUGACCAACGUGCAAGGCAUGCGAGCGAGUGUCGAUCUCCCUGAUCCUGCCGGUCAGCAAAUUCUCCCGGACGGUACGAUCGGAAUUGCGCCUUCUUCUGUGCAGCCUCCGAGCAUUGCAUCCUCCGGUCAAGGUAUAGACAACCCUCAGCAGCUGAUGGCGUACAACGACUGGCUAGGUGGGCAAAACCAAUUUCAAGACAUGCAUUCGCUCCAUCCUUCAUACAUGUUCAAUGCGCCUGAGGUUACGAAUGAGUACAACUUGCUCGGUGAUUUCCUCAGUAAUAGCUUGUUGGACGACGGCGCGCUGUUCCAGGACCAGAACAUGCAGGGCAUUUACUCUGAUCCGAGCCUCAUAAACUCUAUGAAUACAGUCGGUGUAGCAAACGGUCUUCCCCCACCAACCCAGCUCCCACCAGCGGCGCAGAGUCAGGAACCUCAGGGAGAUUCUAUUUUGCGCCCAACCUCCACCGUGGGCAACGACAAGGCUCGCGAGACAUAUUACAUGACCGCAGCCGAUCCGUCCGGAUCCGACCCGCCAGAGGAGCGCAUGAACAAGCUCCUCAAAGCCAAGUACGAUGCAGGGCUCUUGAAGCCUUUCAACUACGUCAAGGGCUACGCCAGGCUCAACCAGUACAUGGAGAAGAACAUGCACCAAGCAUCUCGGCAGAAGAUUCUCCGACAGUUGGACAAAUUCCGACCUAAGUUCCGAGAGCGCAUGCAGAGCCUGACUGAUGUUGAGUUGAUCCUCGUGGAGAUGUGGUUUGAGCGGAGUUUGAUGGAGUAUGACCGUGUAUUCGCUAGUAUGGCUAUCCCGGCCUGCUGCUGGCGACGUACGGGCGAAAUCUUCCGUGGUAACAAUGAGAUGGCACAACUCAUCGACGUGCCUAUAGAGAGUUUACGCGAUGGUAAACUCGCAAUCCACGAGUUCUUUGUUGAGGAUCAACUCGUGAGCUACUGGGAGAAGUUUGGCGCCAUUGCUUUCGACAACACCCAGAAAGCUAUGCUCACCAGCUGUACUCUAAAGAGCCCAAGUAAUCCGACGGGUGAGGGUAUUCCAUGCUGCUUCUCAUUCACCAUUCGACGUGAUAACCACAAUAUCCCGUCUUUGAUCGUUGGAAACUUCUUACCGACGCAGCGUGUCCAUAAAUAGGCGCGGGCUUAGGAUGAUUUCAGGCUUCGUUUCGUUGUUUGAGAUAGGUAGGUUAAACAAAAAUGCGGGCACAGUUUCUUUCCAUAUGUUCUCGAGUCUCGUUCUUUUUGUGUUUUGAUUCCCCGAGUCUGGAGGCUUGUAUCCUUUAGUCUGAAAAUGUGCAACGCCCGCGGUGUAUUAUAGUAUACCGUUACUGUUCAACAUUGAGAUAUCCUUUUCUUAUUGCACUUCUUUCAAGGUCCCAGGCUUAGUUCAGAUAGAAUGAGUGAUGUGGUGAGCUGAGCAGGUGACCGUCAUGUUCAACCCUCGCUGACUUCGAUCACCUGAAUCAUCCACUUCCUCUACAUUCAUUCAACUCAAUUCCCAUUUUUCCAGCCCAUAACCCCUCUGCAUCCUUUUGAAUUAUAUUUCAC